AUGUCGGUCUAUGAACGUGUUCGAGUACAGGGACUGACGGCGCUUGAUGGUUCAGCUGGUGUAACAAUGUUCGCUCGAGAUGGGCGUGGUUGCCUCCCCGACAGCGACUCGCUAGUAAUACGCUACAACGUCAUGAGUUUGCCAUCACCGGCAAAAAGGAGAUGUGCAUCUGUACGUCCUACAAGUAACAGUUCUCAAAAAUGCGCUCCUGAAAUUUCUAUCACUUGUCAAGAUAUGAAAACACCUGCUCGGUGUUCUACCGCAUCACCACUGAUUCCCACAAACGCGACAGUUUCUGAUGGAUACUAUAUUUCGAAUAGACAAAGAUCGCCGGAAUCUCCUCUAAAGGUUCUACGUGAUACACACGCCAACAUCACGACCCCAAAUGAAAAGUCUCCUGAUUCCGGAGGAAAGCCUGGUACGCCAGGAAGGAUGGGGUUGCAGGAGUCAUGUAGGAAGAUUAAGUACGACGUCAUCGGACUGACCGAGACGAGACGACGUCACCAUCUCAACGCCGUACAGGAAACUGGAGAAGAACUGUUCUUAGGAACAUGCGACAGUAGAGGUGUUGGUGGAGUUGGCGUCCUCGUCAACACGAGUAUGGCAAAGAACAUCGACUCUUUCGAACAACUUUUGACACGAAUCGGACGUCUGCGGAUGAGAAGAUGUGGCCCAACACCAGCUUUGACUAUUUUCGUCGCUUACACUCCAACGAAUCAAGCUACGAAGGAGAAGAAGUCGACGCUUUCUAUAUGGACCUGGAGAAGUUCUACAGAGAAGAUCAUACCUCUUACAAGAGAGGCAAUAAAGGAAGACCUUCAGAAGAGAAGAGUGGAAGUGCUGGCUGAAGCUGCAGAGGCGGGGAAAAGCAUCCGCUGUGUCCACAUUCACAUUGUUUCGAAACUCAUCAAGGUAUCACGUGAAUACAACAUGCCGCUCUGUCGAACUUUCAUCAACUUGAAGAAGGCCUUCGACUCAGUUGAAACGGAACCCGCUAUGGAAACCUUGGACAACCGAUGCGUCCCUACUCAUUACAUAAGGGUACUUCGAGAGUUGUACAGUAACUUCACGACCGGAAUUUUGCCACUCUACAAGAAUAUCAUCAUUGACGUGAAGAGGGGGGUCCGACAGGGUGAUACAAUUUCACCCAAAAUAUUCACAACCACCCUCGAGAACGCAAUGCGAAAGUUGGAAUGGGACGACAUGGGAGUGAAGGUUGAUGGUCGGCAGCUACACCAUUUGCGCUUUGCUGAUGACAUCGUACUGGUAACACCUAGCAUCAGCCAAGCGGAACGAAUGCUGACCGAAUUCGACGAAACAUGUGGAUGCAUCGGUCUUCAGCUGAAUCUACAAAAGACGAUGUUCAUACGCAACGGAUGGGUCUCGGAUGCCCCAUUCACACUCAACAGAACGAACAUAUUCGAAUGCACCAGCCACGUUUAUCUGGGUCGGGAAUUGAGCAUGAUGAACGACCUAACCCCCGAGCCUGGCAGGAGGAGACAUGCGGCUUGGGGAGCGUAUAAGAGCGUCGAUGUAGUGAGAAAGAUCAGGAGUACAUCCGGGUCCGUACUUGCUCCUUCAACACCACCGUACUUCCUGCUUUGA